AUGGGCACGCCGGAGUUCCCUGACCUGGGGCGGCACUGCAGCGUCGGCGACUGCCACCAGAUCGAUUUCCUCCCCUUCACCUGCGACAGAUGCGACUUCGUCUUUUGCCUUCAGCACCGAAGUCAUACAUCACAUAAGUGUCCAAAGGCUAAUAACAAGGAUGUCACUGUCGUCGUCUGCCCACUAUGUGCUAAAGGAGUUCGCCUGAAUCCAAAUGAAGAUGCAAACAUCACCUGGGAGUCUCAUGUUAAUACUGAUUGUGAUCCAUCAAAUUACCAGAGAGCAACAAAGAAAAAGAAAUGCCCAGUUCCUGGGUGCAGAGAACAGCUGACAUUUUCGAACACAAUCAUGUGCAAAGAUUGUAGCAAAGAGCACUGCCUCAAGCACAGAUUUGGUCCUGAUCACAAGUGCCCGGGCCCAAGAAAACCGGAACCUACCUUCCCCUUUGCCAACAUGCUAAGAAGAAGUCAGAAAGUUGAACCACGCGCAAACAGCAGUGGCAGUGGUUCUUCCUGGUGGAGCUCCAGCCUUUUGAAUGCAGCAUCAAGUUUCAGAUCAUCAGCAGAAGCAGGAAUGCAGAAACUGAGCAUUGCCACCAGCGAAGCCGUCCAGAAGGCUAAGGAUGGGGUCACCCCGAGCAGCAGUGGUGGUGGCCUCGUGGAGCAAUGUGUUCAGUGUCCAGCAAGGUUUUCCACUGUUGGGGCCCUAAUCGAGCACGCCGAGAAAUCCCAUGGGAACAACUCGCAACCGAGCCGUGGCAAAGUGACGAUUGAUGCUUGCCCCAAAUGUAGCAAGGGAUUUCAAGAUCCGGUGUUACUAGUGGAGCAUGUUGAGAGGGAACAUGGAGGAACUUCAAAAGCAUAA